AUGGCAUCCCACCAAGUCGCCAUCGCGAAAGCAUCGCUGGCCGCGGGCCUCCUCCGGCCUGAUCCAACGUCCGUCUCCCGUGACGAGAUCACCACUCUGCAUACUACUCUCGACCGAGCACUGUCGCACUGCUCACCCGCAAACAUCCAGAGAUGCAAGUCAUGGCUCCUGAACUAUGUGGUCGCGUCGUCGAAUCGGAUGACUUUGUUGGCGAAGUAUUUUGUUGCAUUAUCGGGAUCUCUGGACAACAGUUCCGCUACAGACGGGAAACAGAAGGAGACGCAAGACAAACAAGUGGCCCAAGCGCAAACCCCGUCGGUCAAGAGGAAAAGACUGCACAUGCUGUACCUGCUCAACGACCUGUUCCAUCACACGAAAUAUCAUAAUUCGUCGAGCGCGGCGUUCUCGACACUGAGUGGAUCGUUGCAGCCGCAUAUGGUGGAAUUGUUGAGUUAUGCCGCGUGCUACGAUCGCGAGAAGAACCCGAAACAUCACAGGCGGCUAGGUGAGUUAUUGGGUAUAUGGCAGGAGCAUGGAUACUUUGGAGCCGACUACGUGGGAAAGCUCCGAGAGGUCGUCGCCAAUUCUGCUGUGUCUGGACCGAUUACAUCGUCGGCUACACCCGGCACAGAAAGUACAGAGCCGAAUCGCAAGCAUCGAGACGCACCGUAUGUAAUGCCGUCCACCCAUGGUGAUCCGUCGACCCCGUACUACGACCUUCCUGCCGGGAAUCUCAUCCCCCAUAUCAUCCCAAACUCAACUGUCCCUCUCCGGCCGGACAUGAUCAAGCCGCUGCAGUUCUUGGCUGGUCCCGCAGAUGAGAAGCUCGUAACAGCACUGAAGGCGUUCCUCGCAGAUGUAGAUCGGAUCUAUAACCCGGGCUGCCCCCAACAAAAGGACGGCGAAAUUGUGGACAUUGACGAGCUCGGUCAGACAGUAAUUCGCGACGAAAUUACCGGUGACAUCCUUGAAGGCGAGACAUACUACGGCUGGUCUCGGUCCUUCUGCCAGCAAAUGAAGAAGCGAAACGCAAAAAACAGGAACGAGAGCCGCAGCCGCAGCCGCAGCCGCAGUCCCUCAAGGCGCAGAAGAUACAGCAGCGUCAGCGACGAUAGCCGAUAUCGAAGCAGAAGUCCCCGAAGCCGGUCACGGUCACCUCGACGAGGACGCUACUCGCGGGACCGUUCUCGCUCGCAACGGCCGAGCCGGUCAUACUCACCAGUUCCUGCAGCUCCUGCUCCUGCUCAGAACCACGCGUACUCGCAGCAGCAACACGACUCCUACAGUCAACGAUCAUUCGCUCCACAACCUCAUCCUCAAGCGCCACAAAUCCAUCACGUACCGCCGCAGAACGCAUUUCCUCCUCCACCACCGCCAAACUAUCAAGGCGCGUGGCCGCCGCCUCCUCCACCCCAAAUGCCCAACUUUCCGCCACCAUUUCCGCAGAUGCCACACAUGCAGAUGCCACCAGGUCAGAUUCCGCCCCCGCCAGGGCCGCCGGGGUCAUAUGGUUUUCCUCCUGGCGGAAGAGGCUGGCAUCAACAACCUCCUCCGCCGCCGCCGUCCGGACGGGGCUGGCGGUAG